GAGCCUCCUAUACAUGCAGCAGAUAGUCAAAGUGAACCUUUGAAGCCUCAACCAGAAUCCAGAAGUUCACCAACGCCUUCAGAUGCGAAAGCCAAGUCAUUAAUUCUUAACAAUGCACAGAUUCAGUGGGUAUUGGGUAUUGCAAAAACGAUGAUAUGCAAAGAGCAUAAUGUGAAAGAGACAUUUUAUACAUGCUCUCUUAAGUUACUUUAUCAAGGUAGUCAUGAUGGUUAUAAACCAACAGCUUUCCAUAAAUGCUGUGAUAAUCGAGGGCCUACUAUUACAGUUAUUAGAACCAAGGAAAAUGAGAUAAUUGGAGGAUAUAACCCCAUAAGUUGGGACAAAACACUUGAGAGGUUUACACAUACACCUUAUAGUUUUCUAUUUGCAGUGAAGUCAAGUGGCAAUGUUGUAAGUUUUUGUCAAAAACCUGCCACUGCUGUUCGUCAUGGCCCAAAUUAUGGGCCAACUUUUGGUAGUGAUUUAGUUGUUCUUGGUGGUUUCACUGGUCCCAUCAAUUCUACAUAUCAGCAUGCAUAUGAUAAACCUAUUAGAGAUAGCAUUGAAAUGUUUGCUGUGAGGGAGAUUGAAGUCUUUCAAGUUACUUUUUGCUCCACAUGA